AGCAGCUAGAAUUUGCCAGUGCAUGUGGCCGGGACGACUGUGGAUAAGGCGCCGCCUGGAUGACUUUCGGCGAUCACCGUGGCGCCUGCUUGGACUACCUUCCUGGACUGCGGCGCGUCCCACGUGAGGCUACCGAUGUCGUCUCCCCACGACCAGUGAAGGCUCUUUUGGUCCUCCACGACCAGCGAAGGCUCUACUGUCUUUGGAGACCGUUCGUCCCGUGGAUUUUCACCCCACGAAAUCAUGCCACCCCACUGUGUUCUUCAAUCUUUGGUGGAAAGAUGCCAAGCUCUCACGAGAGAGUGGCAUGGGCGCGCGAACUGCAGCUACAUUUUUGAAAUGUUCAUGAGAAUGGCGGAGCGAGAUGGACAAAGCCACUACCUUUUCCGGGACAUCCCGCAGCAACGGUCGACAGACGGUUUUGUACGAGUUCUGGAUGCAGAAGCUCGUGCGCGACUCUACAGUAGAGCCAAGCCAGCGUCAUCCCCAUCAUUGGCGCUUGUGGGGAGGAUGAAACAGCUUUCGGGUGAAUCUCCCAUCGACAACUUGCAGCUUCCAAAUCUAAUGCGCAGACAAGAUGCAUUGCUCCUUACUGUUGGCCGACGUGUUCAGCAAUUCUUCCUGCAGAUGCUCCGGUGGAAGCAGCGACGGAUCUUGCGAAGAUGGUUCCCGUCGGAGCAUGAAGAAUAUGUGGUGAAAGAGGGCGCUGCAAAACUGCAGCGGAGUGAGGAGUGGUUGGGGACAUCGCUUGCGCUGGCCUUCCUUGCUGAGCACGGUCGGCUGAUAGAGUCCUACGGUCAGGUUCCAGAAGAUGUUCGGAUCAGGGCAGAUGAAUUCAUAGCAGAAUGCCUGCAGCGUCCGCAAAUGGCACUGGAGCAGGAACUUGUAGACUUUGUGCAGCAUUGCCAAGAACACCCUGGACGUCCCUACAAGGACAACCGGGUGGAGCACAAGCUCCUGCUCUUGAAAGCGCUACGCAGCCCUGAAGUCCGAGUGUUUUGGCGCUCUGAUAUUGAGACCUUCACUCAGCACCGCUACAUAGUAGCGACUUGGACACGCAAGGUGCCACUGUAUUCUCUGGAGGGCUCAAAGUUUUCGAUCCUGCGCAAUGCAGGUGAUGAGGAGUGCACUCGCUUCCGAAAGAACAUUUUUGCCUACGCUGAGUCCCACGGCCUUGGGCAAAGUGGAGGAGGCUGGGUAGACAGCCGCUGGCCUCCUGGUUCCCUCAUGUAUGAGCUUGGCUCACUUUUGUGCGUGGACGAUGCAGCCAAGCUUCCAAACCACUUUGUGACGGAUAUCGAGAAAAUAGUUCAAGACUGCGUAUUGCUAUGUCCAGAUGGUACUGCAGAUGCGCUGCCAGGUGAGGUUCUCCAUGAUGCUGGGCAAAAUCCCAUCAUUGCGUCUUCCAUUGGCAAGACGCAGCACACGCAGGUAUCAAAGGCUUCUGUGGAGGAUUUCCCACUUAUGAUGCAGCAGCAGUCCCCUCGCUGGUGCGAAAAGUUAGCGGCUUAUAUAGAUAUCGUGCAGGUAGGAACAAGUCAAGAUGCCUUCUUCGUGAGUGCUCGCACCAGGAGACCGGAUGCACAGCCACUUCUGGAGUUCUUUGUUCAGCUUCGGCUGGAAUACUUGAAAGCCUUCGGCCGUGCAGUGGACUUUAACUGCACUUGCCAUGCUUCUGAGGCUGGAGAAUAUUAUCUUAAUCUUGCACCUCUUGCUUGCAUGCAGAAGAUCAAAGUACCUCAAGGUUGCGGCUGCUUGGGUCUGGAUUUUGAUUUUCUGAAUCCCGAAUCUGGCGAAACGGUCACAAAGAUUGGCCUCCCAGUGGCUACAGUAGACUCUGCACAGGGGAAAGGAAACUUAUUGGCUGCUUCAGCUGAAUAUUGGCGCAAUUGCUUGGAAGGCAAGCCUUUGCUAACUCGAUUGUACGACUUCAACCGGAAACCGGGAUCAUUAUCUGUCGCCCAGACAAUGAUUGAGAAGUUGUUUCAGUAA